CCGGAGCCAAGGAAGGCGGAGGGACUGGGAGUGGAAGCACUGGGCGGCGGAGCCUGGCCGCGGGAUGCGCUCCCUCCGUCGCCCCAAGGAGCAGCAGCACCAGCAGCAGCACCACCAUCGCCAGCAGCAGCAGAGGACAGCGGGGUGGCGCCCUGCCCAGGGCCACGAUCGGGGGCCCGGUCCAGGACGAAGAGCAGCAGCAGCAGCAGCAGGAAGGCAUGGAGCCCCUGCCUCUCAGCAGGUAAUUCUCAGACGGAUCAAUGAAAACAAAACGAUGACAAGUUGUGGUCUACAGUCCUUAAAUACACUGAUGGUCGUGUUCUCUGUGCUCUUGCCAGCAGCACUAUCCGCACAUUUUCGCGUCUGUGAGCCAUAUACAGACUACAAAGGCCGCUCCCAUUUUGGAUUCCACUGUCCACGUCUUUCUGACAAUAAAUCAUACAUCUUUUGCUGUCACCAUAACAACACCGUGUUUAAAUAUUGCUGUAAUGAGACAGAGUUUCAGACUGUUAUGCAGAUGAACCUAACAGUGGAAACAGAUGGAUAUAUGCAUAAUAAUUACAGUGCAUUGCUAGGAGUGUGGAUCUAUGGCUUUUUUGUUGUGGUCUUGCUGGUACUGGACCUUUUGUAUUACUCCUCAAUGAACUACGAUAUUUGCAAACUAUACCUAGCAAGUUGGGGAAUCCAGGGGAAAUGGAUGAAACCGGAACCAAGCCGGUGGAUUAAACCUUCUCAGGACCCAAGACAAGUACAGACUCAGGCUCAACCUCAGCCUACACCUCAAACAUCGCAGGCAGUACAUGCGUUAAAAGGAGAAGCUUUAAAUCCACCGCUGAUGUCUUUUCCAAGUUCAACUGCCUGAAAAACAUUUUGAUGUGCCUCAAGAUGGGAGAGGUAAGAUUACAGUGCGAGAAGAGCAGCUUUGUCCAACAAGAAGAAAUUCCUGAACUAAAAAAAACCCUCAGAGGAGAUGGCAAUUCAUCUAGCUGUUUGGAGAGAACCGUCACGGUGGCACUUGAUGACAUGAAGAAAUAGUGGUGAGGAGACAGUAUGCAAGCAAUAUCUUGAGAGAAGGAACAGCUUUCAUGAAAAAGGACAAAUGUAUUUGAGGGAAUGCUUACAGCAAUGAAAACCAUGUUGUUCCAGUGGGAAUCCAAGUUGAGAGUGGACACAUGCUAUAAUGUGAACCUUUGGUAGUUAUAGUUUAUUUGCCUCCCUCGUCUAUUAAAUUGCCAUUUGAGCCUACUCUUACAUGUCAAAAUAAUAAAUGCAAGUUUUUUCCAAAGUUCUCUAGUGAAUACUGUUACAAUAAGGUAGAUAGAGAUCCGCAUUAUUUCAAUUUUUUUUUCUUACACAACAGAGCCUUCUUUUGAAACCCAGGAAAGGAGAAAAGCUCUCAUUGUGAUCUUCCCAUUUUUAUCCAUGACACAUGGCAAGCAUUGGUUUCAUUUUCCUGAGCACACUGCAGCAGCUUCUCUUGCCUGCGCUGAUGGGGAAUUUGAGGGAGGGUACCCCUUCCAUUGUGACCCCCAACUGGAAAAAAAUAAAUUAAAAACACCUGUAAUAAUAUAAAGCAAUAAAAUAGACGUCCUCCAUUAAACAAGGCCAUAGUUCAGUGUUGUUAUUGUGAGGUACCACUUGCCCAUACACUGGCCUUAAAAAUUACCUGCCCCUCAGGAACUUGAUGACAUCCUUAAAAAGCAGGUUGGCACUGAUUCUCUUACUGAGGAUUAUGGCAAUAGUUGGGUAUUGUGCACUCUGAAAAAGAUAGAGGUUUUUCAUUAAAGGGAAUAUAAUUUGAGGAUUUGAGGUGUGUUCUUACAAAAUUUUAGUUAGGCACCUGACAUGUAGAACAAAGAAUACAAUCCUGCAAGAUGACAAAUCAGUAUUGAAAAGGCACAUUGCAUUUGUUCAGUUAUUCUUAGGUAUUCUCUAGAAAAGUAUUUCCAUCAAGGAAGGCAUUUGACUUUGGGAUUUUUAUGCUGAAAAAACACGGGUUGUUUAAUCGUAUGGAUAUAAUAGAUUAUGGAAGGCGGUGUGGACCUGUGAGAUUAUGUGCAUGCUUAGGCAAACAUCCAACCCUGUGUGUAUAUUUCUUGUACCACAGAUCAGAUUUAAUAGCCAAAGAUUUAGCUGAUUAUUUUCAAUCAGUUUGAAAUUUGUCACUUCUGCAUUGCUAGCCAUGUCCAUCUGCCCUUUCUUUCCUAUUGCUUGGACCCAUGGAACAGGCCUGGCACAGACCGAAAGGGGGUGGGAAGGGAGCAGAACUGGGUUAUUACCCAUUUUACCACACACUGGAACUCCAUCAAUGCCACUGGAAGUCCCUGUUCCAUUCCCCAUCCAUGCCAGAGAGGCUGAUUUUCAGGAACUGUUCAGAAGAGUUUCUGAAAAUUGGCCUCUGGGGGACGGAUGGGGAAUGGAACAGGAACUUCCGGCACCGUUGGUGUUCCAGUGUGUGGUAAAAUGGGUAAUAACCCCAUUCCCCUCCCUUCCUGCCCCCUUGCAUUCUGCACCAGGCCUGUUUCCCAGGGCCCAUGGGAUGAGGUCAUACAUUUCCCUUAGGAUGCUUUCACCAGCUUUCUCUUUUUUAAUUGCCCUAUAUAUAACCCUGCAACAUGAUAGGCUUCAGGCCAUGUUGGGAGCAUGUCGUUUACAUUACGCACGCCCCGAGCAUGGCCUGACACCAUGCCAUCACAGAAAAAACCAAGCCAAGAAGGAGCAGAUAGAAUAGCAAUAGCAAGUAUAUUCCUAUACUACUUAUCAGUACACUUAAGCACUC